AUCUUCUAAUAUUGUCAUUCUUCGUUGAUCGGCAUGUUUAUAGGCACACACUGUCUUCCCCUAGAGCUAGUAAGAAUAAAAGAAGUUGUAGGAUACAAGUACACGAAGCCAUAUUAGUGUCCAAAGGUACGAUUCGUUGCUUGUCAGAGAGCUGUUGUGACGUCAACAUUGAUCAGACUUCGCCAUGGGUGUAAAGACGGUGGCGAUCAUCGGAAGCGGGGUCAGCGGCCUGGUAUCUCUCAAGCAAUGUCUGGAGGAGGGAUUCGAACCUGUGUGCUUCGAAAGAGAGUCGUCAUUUGGCGGCGUGUGGAUCUUUCAUGAUGAGCCUGUUAAGACGCAUAACCGAGGCUCUCUUUAUCACUGCCUGGUUCUCAACUCCAGUAAGAACAUGACCAACUUCAGCGACUUUCCAUACCAAAAGGCAUCAUCUCCGUACAUCCAAGGAAAGGAGUUCAUCAACUAUAUCAAGGCCUAUGUCGAUCAUUUUGACCUCGAACGUCACAUCCGGUACAGCACUGACGUGAAGCGCGUGGAGAAGGCCACUGAUUAUGACAUCACAGGUCGGUGGACAAUCACCUCUGCUUGUAACGGCGGGGAGGUGAAGCAGGAGACGUUCGAUGCGGUGAUGGUCUGCACAGGACUUUACUCCGAUCGGAACAUGGUGGAGUACCCCGGGCAAGAGGAAUUUACGGGAGAGAUCAUGCACAGCAACGAGUACAAGAAGGCUGACGGGCUGGCGAAUGGCAAGAAUGUCCUCGUCGUCGGUGGCUCACAUUCAGCGGGCGAUUGUGCAGUCGAUACAAGUCGAGUUUCAAAGAAGACGUAUCUGAGCAUGCGCAAGGGAACCUGGGUCGUCCAGCGGAUGGGACCUGACGGAAUGCCUCGAGAUAUGGCGGUCAACCGGCGUAUCAACUUCUUCAUCCCCGAGUGGCUCCGGCGGAAGAAGGUCGUCGACCAUAUCUACUCCAGGGUUAACAUGGACAACCUUGGUCUCAAGUCUGUCAAUAAAAUGUUCUGCUCAGAGGUUAUGGUCAAUGAUGAUAUUGGUUCUAGAAUUCUUUGUGGUGCAGUAGUGUGCAAGACUGGAAUCGACCAUUUCACCGAGAGGGGUGUGGUCUUCACCGAUGGGACGAGCGUUGAUGAUCUGGACCUUGUGGUGUACGCCACGGGUUACCAACUCAGAGCUCCCAUUGUGGACAACGAUAUCAUCAGCGAUGGUAUGAAAGACUUGGAAUUGUACCUGUACAUUUUCCCACCUCGCCUGAAACAUCAGACCUUCGCCGCCGUGGGGUUUGUAGAAACGAUCGGAGCUCACGCCCCCGUCUUCGAGAUGCAGGCACGCUACGCCACACGGGUCUUCAAGGGGUGUGCUAGCAUCCCUCCCCAAGAGGUCAUGUUCGCAGACAUCAAGAGAAGAAAGAACUUUAUGCAGAACCGGUUUGGAAAACCCAAGAACUUUUUUCCGUCUAUCCCGUACCAAGAAAUGUUAGCAGAUCGCAUCGGUGCCAAGCCCAAGUUCUGGUCCAUGGUGUUAACAGAUCCUGUCCUUGCCUACCGUACUUUCUUGGGACCAGCACUCCCCUACACCUUCCGACUUGUUGGCCCCCACGCCUGGUCCGGUGCACGUGACGCCAUUAUGGACGUGUGGAACAACACAUUCUAUGCCACUAAGACCAGGAUGGUCCCAAAAUCCGCUGGAGGUCACGGAAGUCUCGAUUUUGGUGUUCUGAAGUUUCUUGUGGUGGUUCUGGUUGCGCUAACCUUUUUCCUUUCGAUUCUGUGUUGAAUGAUUUGCCUAUUGAUGAGGCGUCGUGGUUACUCCUCUAUCAUAUUCUAAAUAAAACCUAAAAUAGAACAGGUACGACGCUGGAGGAGGGGUGGGAGGAGUAAACAUUUACAGUGCGAGUCCAAAAAAGUUUUCACCUAGAAAAUUGCUAAUUAUUUUAACAAUAAUUCAUGAAAAGUAAAUUAUUAUACAUCUUAUAAAAAAGUGUUUUAUUCCAACUCAUCUGGUAUCAUUUUUGUGUAGUUUGUGGUCACGCUUGGACGAACAGGAGACAUUGUUUAAGAGAGUGCAAAAAUCGACUUGCGCCAAAUUGAUGCCUAUGUGAUGUUCGAAUAAAACAAUUUGGAUUUGGGUAUUAAUUCGGUCUUU